AUAGAUUUAAAUUUACUUGGUCAGAAAUGUCACAGACUGGUGCCUGUUUAUAGAUCCAAAAAUGUAUUCAGUCAGGACCAAACACAAGCUGCCUGGAUAGUUAAUGCAGUUGCAACAGUACAGAAUGGCUGACCUCAGUCUUGCAGAUGCAUUAACAGAGCCACCUCCAGAAAUUGAGGAAGAGAUAAAGCGGGACUUCAUUGCCACACUGGAGUCAGAGGCCUUUGAGGAUGUUGUGGGGGAAACUGUUGGAAAAACAGACUAUAUUCCUCUCCUGGAUGUGGACGAGAAAACUGAGAACUCUGAGUCAAAGAAGAAACCAUGCUCAGAUACCAGCCAGAUUGAAGGUACUCCAUCUUCUAAACCAACAGUGUUAGCCAAUGGUGACCAUGGAAUAGAAGGGAAUGACAUUACAGGGUCUCCAACUGAAUUCCUCGAAGAGAAAAUGGCCUACCAGGAAUAUCCGAACAGCCAGAACUGGCCAGAAAAUACAAACUUUUGCUUCCAGCCUGAGCAAGUGGUGAAUCCUAUCCAGACUGAUCCCUUUAAGAUGCACCAUGAUGACGGCCUAGCAGAUUUGCUCUUUCUCUCCAGUGGAACAACAAAUGAUUUGACAUUUACAGGGCAUAAUAAUCCUUUGGAAGACAGUUACGGUAUGCCUCCCUGCGACACAUUUGCUCCUGCAACUGUUGUACCUCAGGGGUGGUCUGUGGAAGCCCCAAACCCUCCAUACUCAGAGUCCUUUGCUUCUCCAGAGGCCACUGCAAAUCUUCCACAGAUGACAGAGUUACCCAAGGAAGGAGAAAUGGCAUCAGUAGAAGAACAGCCACCAACUAAAGCAUUGGAAAUAAUAAUAGGACAGAAGACUACAGAAAUGGCACCGUCUGGAGAAAAAGUGGUAGCCCUGCUCAAGGAAAUGGCACCUGCCACAGAAACAAAGGUGGAAUUGACUAAAGAUAUGGAACAACCCACCAAAUCAGAUGUGACACUGCCCAAGGACUUGCAGUCAUCCAUUGAAUCAGAUAUGUCUCUGGUCAAGGACAUGGUCCUACCUAUAGAAAAAGAAGUGGUCCCAGUUAAGGAUGUCAUAUCACCCGCAAAAACAGAUGUGUCUUUGACUAAAGAUAUGGUGCUGCCCACAGAAAGAGAGGUGGCUGCAGGCAACGAUGUGACACUAUUUGAAGAAACAGAGAGAGUACCACCUGUAAAAAUGGAUUUAUUUUCACAUGAGGGCAUGGCAUCACCCAAAGAAACAGAGUCAAUCUCAGGCAAGGGUAUGGUAUCAUUUUCAGAAAUGGAGGUGGCACUAGCUGUGGACACUAUAUCAUCCACAGAAAAAUCCUCAGCUGAGGAGAUGGUCUUGUUAUCAGAAAAAGAGGUAGCUGUGCCAAGGGACAUGACACUGCCUUCAGAAGCAACAGUAGUCUUCACGAAGGAUGCAGUAGAAACAGAAGGGCCCGCAGACAAGGACAUUACUCCACCUCCAGUAACAGAAAUGACCAUGGGUAAGGAAGUGGCUCUGUCCCCAGAAUCAAAGGUAUGCCUUGUCAAGGAUGUGGCUCCACUCCCAGAAACAGAAGUAACCCUGGUCAAGAAUAUGGGUACACCCUCUGAAACAAAGUUGGCCCUGGGUAAGGAUGUGGCUGUGUCUCCAGAAGUAGAGGUGGCUCAGGUCAAGGAUAUGACUCCACUCCCAGAAAAAGAAGUAACCUUGAUCAAGGAUAUGCUGCUGCCUCCAGAAACAGAUGUGGCCCUGGCUAAGGAUGUGGCUCUGUCCCCUGGAACAGAGAUGACCCUGGCCAACAGUGUGACUCCAGCCAAGGAUGUUGCACCACCCUCAGGAACAGAGGUGGCAUCGGUUCUAGUUAAAGACAUGGAAAUUGCCCAGACUCAGGAAGGAAUAAGUGAAAAUUCCCAGAUACAGUCUCUCCAAAAAGAGGGGCAGUUAGCUGCACCUGCUUUCAUGAUUUCACCAGAACCAGUCAUAGCCUUGGGCCAAAAGGACAACUUGCCAGAUUCUGUGUUAGAGAAAUUAGAACAGAAGAAACCAUUCAGCAGUCAGCCUUCUGAACUUUCUUCAGAGACCUCAGGUGCCCCUCCCUCACAAGGCACACAAGGUUGCAGAUCCAGUGACUGCAGGUCAGCCCAGCCCAAGCCUACCAGGGCCCCUCCUGAGCUGCUGAAAGUCUUGACUCCACAGAAGACUCUUGAUCCCAGGCUAGGCCCUUUCCCUUUGUGUGAGUCGGGUUGGGUCUCUGGUUCAUCUUCCUGUGGUUAUCCUGGGAACCAAAGGAAAAGUAUUCAUGCUGACUUCCUUGAACCCCAGAGGGAUCUCGGCAGGGAGGCCUGGGAUAUAGAAAGCAUGCCAAUGGCGAUGAAGAAAAAAAAGAAGAAACCAAAGCAAAAGAGAUAUUCUCAACCCCGGGCUGGGGGAUCUUGGAAUGAUGACAGUGCAGAAGGGCAUAACAGUUAUACCCAUAAAUCAGGUGUCCUCCCUAGUCAGUCCACUGCUGUGAACAUAGAAUAUGGACUUGUAUCCAGAGAGAAUCUGAAAAGAGGAGAUGGAGGUGACUCUAGAGCAACCAAACUAGAAGGUGAAAACUUUAUUUCAGAGAGUCUCAGAGUUACUUUGUGUCCAGAAGAAUCUCCAAAAACUGCAGAAAAUUCUCAGUCCAAGCUGAGAGUAGAGGAACUUGGCAGAGGAAACAAAUCAGUGCCACAUAACCAAGAUAAGAAAUUGUUGCAGCCGGAUGAAUACAAACCACAACCUGCAUCCCUCCUGAAGACCCCUGUGGAUAAAGGCCAGAUAGUGGGCCUUCCUAACUUGACAGGAUCCCUGACAGAAAUUUCUGAAAAUAAAGCUGAAACUCUUUUGGAGAUCAGCUCCAAAGAGGCUUGCUCUCCUAUCUUGAACCAAGAGGUUGUGGGUGGAGUUUCAAAACCUAGAGCAGCAAAAGAAUUGCCUAAUUUGAUAACAACUUUGAUAGCAAGUAAUCCAUUAGAAGAUAGUCUCAAAGAAGAGAAUGAUGAAAGUAAAAUGUCUAAACUACAGAAUGUCAACCAGAAAGUGUUUCUUAAAGGAUCUGUAGAAGUUAAAGAACUAGAAAGGGAAGCAUUUCCCAAGCAAAGAGAGGAAAUCAACAUCUUGGCUUCUGAGCAGUUGCAGGGCCAAGUGUCAGUUCAGGCUCCUGGGCUAGGGAAUGAUCCGUUUAAGAGAAUGACAGGUGAUGGCAAAAACAGGAAGGGAAGGGGAAGUUCUGGGAAAGUGAGAAUGAAUUCUGGGAAGCCAAGAAUUAAAUCUGACCUGCUAUAUGUUGUAGACAGUGAGAAUGAUGGAAGGGCUGUUCUUGGGUUAAGUGAACCAAUUCUUAAAACCAAAAGAGUGACUACUGAGGAUAAGAGAGAUGAGCUGGGAUUAGAUUCUUCAAAGCAACCAGGAACCAUGAUUGAUUUUACUGAGGCAGUAGUGAUGAGAGAGCCUAAGGAGAUAAUAGACCCUAGCGUGGAAAGCACUUUACAGGCAUGGAUUCCUUUGGAAAAUAGAUCAACCUUGACUCGGACUUCUGAUGCUAGGUCAGAAAGAGGAGCCUUAGUCAAAAAUACAGGUGUCAGUAACCAGAGCAAGGAAGGAAGUUGUCCUUGGAUGGGUCAUCAGUCAACUCCUUGGUUUUCUGAAAAGACUAAAAAGAGAAGUAAUGAAGGCAGAAACAAAAAGUCUAAAAUUAAUUAUCCCAUAGAACCUACUAGAAUGGAUGACAAGGAGGAAAUUCCUAAUCUACCUUUUGUAGGGAAGGAUGGAGAAGUAUCUGAUAGCAUUCCCUAUAAAAACAGGGAAUUAGGACACACUUCCCCCCAAAUACUUGAUUCUUUAUUCUUUCAUGUAUCAGGUACACACACAGUGGAAGCACUUGACAAAAAAGGUAAAAAUGUUGAGGUUAAUUCUGCUGAGCUUGAGGCCCCUGAGGGCAACAAAACAAAUACAGCCAAGGAUUCUGCUAUUAUUGAACCAGCUGCCAAGGUGACAGAUGUGAGCUGCCAAGACCAAAUUCAGGAGACAGGAUUUGCUCCCUCAAUAGCAUCUGAAGAGAACAAGACAGAUGCAACCAAGGGACACACAGCAGUGGCUGACAAACCAAAUAAAAGGAGUAGUGAUGAAAAAAGCAAAAAAGUUAAAAAUAGUUUUCCCAAGAAGCACAUUCUGGAGAAUAAGUUAGAUGCAACAAAAAUACAUGUUCCCAUGGAAACCACAGGGGACCAUAGAAUUGAAGGAAUGGGCUAUGUGGACGAAAAUAGAAAUAUUACAUUUACCUGUCCCAGAACACUGUCAGGGCUCAUGAAUAAGUCAGCUCCUAUAGAGGCUGUAGAAUCAGCAGCCUGUGAAAAACUGCCCACUACUCCUCCUCAAGUAGUAAAGAAAAAUGAUUCCUUACCAGACACCUUGGCAAAAAAUGGGGAAGAGAGAGCCCCAGUUCAGCUUUCUAAAUUAUUAGUGGAAAAUAACUGCAACAAAGAUGGGGUCCCAGGGCCAGAAAGACCCAAGACUCCCUCUGUUGUUAUGCCAUCUGCCAGCACAGAAGGAAUUGCCCUGCCUUUUACAGCAGCCAUAGAAACAGUGAAUAGUCAGGAAGAUGGCUGUCUUAAGAAUCAAAGUGAGUUUGCUGUUCCCAUGAAAAAUGAAGCAGGGGUAGAUGAAGGGCAUGUGGUAGGAGAAUCUGAGUUGCCACUCUGUGGUGAAUCUAUCUGUUCAGUAGAGCAAAUCCCAGGGCCAGAAAAAGGGCACCUUCUUCCUAAAGUUCCCACAGAUGACCAGGGCUUGCCAGGAGAGAACAGAGUCCUAGAAGCAUGUGGAGAUAGGGGUGAUUUCCAAACAUCUUCAGUGAACACAGAGGAGGAGACUGAGAAAGGUUCUACUUCUGCUCCAAUUUCUGACUUAUUGGGAGACAAAGCACAAAAGAUCAGUUACCACGAGGACCAAGAUACUAAAGAUAGAGAUUCUAAGGGCCCAGAUUAUUUGAAUAAGGAGGUUGAUAUGACUCCCUUGCCUCCAAAAAGUGAAAAGGAUAAAUUUAAAGAAAUUAUACUGGCUUCUGAUGUCACAAAAUUACAAUGUGUUUCCCCACCAACACCAGAACUCCAGUCCAGUUUCUCAUGUGGCAAAGUUGAAGUUCCUCUUUCAGGGGUGGUAGAUAAGUUAGAAAUGGCUGCUUCCAAGGAUCUUCAACUCCCAGAACUCAAAGAUAACAUCAAGAAAGAGCCUCAGAAAAUGACAGAAAAAUCGGAAUCAAAGGUACUGGGAGAAGGAAAGAAGGAAGAUAAAAGCAGAAUAAUAGAACCAAUGAAAGGCUACAUGAGACCUACCAAGUCCCGAGGACUUACUCCUUUUAUGUCAAAAUCUACAACCCAGGAACGAGAGAGAUCCAAGCACCUGAAGUCCAGUGGAAUAGCCAGGCCAGAAGAAGGAAAGGCUGCUGUGAGUGUGACCGGAAAUGACAUCACUACCCCACCAAACAAGGAGCUCCCACCAAGCCCAGAGAAGAAAACAAAGCCUUUGGCCACCACUCAACCUGCAAAGACUUCAACAUCGAAAGCCAAAACACAGCCCACUUCUCUCCCUAAGCAGCCACCAGCUCCCACCACCUCUGGUGGGUCGAAUAAAAAACCUAUGAGCCUUUCUUCAGGCUUAGUACCAGCUGCCCCACCCAAACGCCCUGCUGCUGCCACUGCCAGGCCUUCCAUCUUACCUGCAAAAGACGUGAAGCCAAAGUCCGUUGCAGAGGCAAAGACUCCUGAGAAGCGGGCCUUACCAUCCAAGCCCACCUCUGCCCCAGCCCUCAGACCUGGACCCAAGAGCACCCCAGCCGCUCCGAAAGCUACUGCAGCUGCCUCGGCUGCGCCAAGCAAUAAAAGUCCCCCCAUGCCACUGCCCAAACGACCCACUACCAUUAAGACUGAGGGGAAACCUGCAGAAGUGAAGAAGAUGACUGCAAAGUCUGCACCAGCUGACUUGAAUCGUUCAAAGACCACCUCCACCAGUUCUGUGAAGAAAAACACCACUCCCACUGGGGCAGCACUUCCAACAGGGGUGGCUUCCACUCGAGUCAAGUCCACUCCCACACCUCCCCGGCCUUCUACAACUCCCAUGGACAAGAAGCCCACCUUAGCCAAGCCCAGCUCCUCUGCCCCCAGGCUGAAUCGCCUGGCCACCAAUGCCUCUAUCCCUGAUCUGAAGAAUGUCCGCUCCAAGGUCGGCUCCACAGAAAACAUCAAGCAUCAGCCUGGAGGUGGCCGGGCCAAAAUAGAGAAAAAAACAGAGGCAGUGGCUACAACUCGAAAGCCUGAACCUAACGCAGUCACUAAAGCAUCCAGCCCCAUUGCAAGUGUGCAGAAACCGCCUGCUGGGAAAGUCCAGAUAGUCUCCAAAAAAGUGAGCUACAGCCAUAUUCAGUCCAAGUGUGGUUCCAAGGACAAUAUUAAGCAUGUCCCUGGAGGUGGUAAUGUUCAGAUUCAGAACAAGAAAGUGGACAUCUCUAAGGUCUCUUCCAAGUGUGGGUCCAAGGCUAACAUCAAACACAAGCCUGGUGGGGGAGAUGUCAAGAUUGAAAGUCAGAAGUUGAACUUCAAGGAGAAGGCCCAGGCCAAGGUGGGAUCCCUGGAUAACGUGGGCCACCUGCCUGCGGGAGGUGCUGUGAAGACUGAGGGCGGUGGCAGCGAGGCCCCUCCGUGUGCGGGCCCCCCUGCUGGGGAGGAGCCGGCCAUCUCUGAGGCAGCACCUGGAGCUGGCGCCCCCACUUCAGCCAGUGGCCUCAGUGGCCACACCACCCUGUCGGGGGGUGGUGACCAAAGGGAGGCCCAGACCUUGGACUGCCAGAUCCAGGAGACAAGCAUCUAAUGAUGACAUUCUGGUCUCGUCUUCCGUCUCCCCUGUGUUCCUCCUCUUGUCUCCCCCAUUACCCUCCCCCUUCCCUCCUCCCGUGUCACUGCAGAUUGAGACCUACAGGCUGACGUUCCGGGCAAACGCCAGGGCCCGCACCGACCAUGGGGCCGACAUUGUCUCCCGGCCCCCCCACUUCCCUGGCGGUCCCAGCUUGGGCUCCCGGGCCCUUGGCUCCCUUUCCCGGGCUGUGUACUAGACCCAUGAGCACCUGGGUGCUAGGCAGCCCUCUAGGCCCCUGCCCUCCUGCCUCGCUUGCCCAGGGCAGCAGCAGUUCUGCCCACACACCUCCUUCCGCUCUCUCCCAGGGCCCAGCUCCUGGGUUCGCUCCUGUCCAUCACUGCACCACUACUCCAUGGAGAAGGUGGGAGGGGAAUGGGGUGGGUUGGGGUCCCAUGGGAUCUAGGAGGGGGAACCGGAUUCCAACCUCCUUUGUUUGGGUUUUCUGGACCAAACCCAGAAGAAACUGACAUACCGUCCCGUCCCUUCUCCUUUGGUCAACCUGGAGGGAAGAGUGGAGGUGGAUUCUGUGAUGGCCGGGCACUGACUGCAUCCUCUGGAGUCUGCUAAGCCACUGCCUCUCCCUUUGACCCCCACAAUGGCACCUACCAUGCAGGUGGUGCCUGCCCUCUUGCUGCCCUGCCCCAAGUUAGUUAGGGGUUGGUGCUGCCUGUCCCGCUGCUUACCAUACCUGCCUAGCUGCUGUCACACUUUUUAUUCUUUUUCCUAGUAACCUAUAAAUUGGUGGAAUAGUUUUGCAGGUUGAAGCCAUGUGUAAAUGAGAGUCCUCAGUAGGUGUUAAAGGAAACAGGGAGGGGAGAUGAUCCUAAGCCUCCACCCAGGAGGAUAUCAGGCAUUGGGAGCUGCCCUCUCUGGGCAGCUCAGGGCCCUUGAGACACUGUGGGCAGGGAAGUGAGGUGUGGUGCUGCGGCCUGGUGAACAGGGCAGGCAUACUUGGGCUAGUCAGUGUGGACUGGUUGUGUUGGUAUUUUGUGUGUAUGCUGCUUUUCUUUUCUAACCAAGAGGCUGAUUUUGGCAUCUGUCUUGUUCCCUGGGAUCUGGUGGUCAGCUGUGGAAUGCAAAGCCAAUGCUGGAGAAACAGGAAAAAAAUUGAGGUCAAAAUCCUUUAGGUCUAGGACACUCAAGCCCUCAUGUCCAGGGAAGCCUGAGAUGUCCAAAGCUCAUAUGGACAGUGGGGAAUCAGGUCUGAAAAUUUAAAAAGUAAAAGGCACGAGAACAAGCCAUUCCACUUCCCUUCUAACCUGACUGGAGAGGAGCGGGGAGAGGCAGGAGAGGCCAGCCUGUGGAGGGGUGGCCAACCCAGCUGGGCCCACCUGUGGGAUGGCUGCAGUGAGGAGAAAUCCCGGGAAUUGUAUUGACAUGAUUCUUAUUGCACUUGUAUUUUUUGUAUUAAAAGUUUGCAUGGUUUCUAAUAAAGGAUUAAAACAUAAGUCUGUAGUGAAGUGGCCUGGGCUUUUCCACGGGUUUCUCCUCUGGGGGGCAUUUUCUGCUGUGCAGACUUGCCUCAGGAGGCUGGCCCAGACUUGGCCCCUCUGGCCCUGAUCUUGAACUCCACAAUCUCCACCUGUGCUCCUCACAUCCCCUUAGGUUCGAAUCGAAUUUUAUCUGCACAUAGAGGGAGUGAGUUGCUGGGCCUAAGGAUCCUCUCCAAUUCUGAGGCAGCUGUGUCUUUGGGAAAGCUUGACAUCAGAUCCUCAGCUUCCCGAGCACAUGCCAAGAAAUUGCACAGGCCUAGUGGAGAUGGAGAAAGUGUAGCCCAAGGCAGGAAGGUGGAAUUUCUUCCCCAGCUGUCUGCCUAGUGCUCUAAAUGUGCCAGGGGCUGUAGGACACCAGUGUUUUCUCAGAAAGAUGAAAUUGGGGUGAAGGAAGUGAUGGGUGCUGGGCCUGAAGGUACCUGGGAACUUGAGGAUGCUGAGGUUGACAACAGUCUCUGGGUCCUUUUAAUCCCUUUCACCAAGGAUUGGGGAGGAGGCAGACCAACUGGAGAGCUCUCUAGGUAGGACACAUGAGUGGUCAGUGUGCCUGUUUGGUCCCAGCUCCCUUGAAGAGUCCUACAAGCCAGAGAACCUGAGAAGGCUGGCCUGACAAGAUGGGGACCAGAGGCCCCUGUGUGAUGUAUACUACUCUGCAAUCUUCUAGGGAUGGGACAGUUCUGGAAUACUUUCCAAUUUGCUUAUGGCUCAGCCAUUACCCCUGUGUUGUAUUGAUUUUAAGAGUAAAUAAAGCUGCGUGAUGUCCCACCACAUAG